CUUUUUUUUGUAAUUGCGCCAAAGAACUAGGGUUAUUUAGGUCAAUGAGCGCUGGUUUAGGGUUUCUGCUAUAAUAAACCUUUAAGCCGCAGCGCCGUUCGUCUUCUCCAAGCACAUCCGUUGUUGUCGUCAGUCAGUCUUGCAGGUGUUCUCCACUUCUAAAUCUAUUUGUGUAAAGCCACUGUCAAGAUGCAGAACGACGAAGGACAAAACAUGGACCUUUACAUCCCUAGGAAGUGCUCUGCCACUAACAGGCUGAUAACUUCCAAGGAUCAUGCAUCUGUUCAGCUCAAUGUUGGCCAUUUGGAUGAGUCUGGCCGAUACACUGGCCAGUUCACCACUUAUGCUCUCUGUGGAUUUAUUCGCGCCCAGGGAGACGCCGAUAGUGCUCUUGAUAGGCUCUGGCAAAAGAAAAAGGCUGAAGUUGGACAACAAUGAGAGUUUUCUAUUUGGUGUUACCAUUCUUGAAAAAUGAGAGUUUUCAAUUUAGUAUUGUAUUACCAGCAGUUCUGUGUUUAGUGGCUGUUCUGUUUUAUGUUUAAAGUUCAUUAUCAGACAAAUGGAACUUGCUUGUUACUAUUUUAGUGCAUUUAACUUGAUUUUCUACCGUUAAAAGAUAACUUUUGGAGAUAACAAAUAUGUGCUGUUGUUUUAAUGAAUUGGCCUGGUUCAUGAGCCAUUUCUUA